UAUUCACCAGAUGUUUACGAGCAACACCAUGGUUGUCGUUUUUUUCUGGAUUUGAGUCAUGGAUUCGAGUUUCGACUGCAUAUCCAGUUUGGAGUUCAUUGGGUCCUCCAGGACCCGGCUGGACUAAACACUCCGUUGGACCCCGGACCCAGGGUGAACGCUGCCUAACAGAGCUGGCACCUCCAGCCCAGGCCGGGUAUAUGUUCUCGGCACCGGCGACUGCGGCCGUCCGUGCACUGGAGCAGCCCCGGGGCCGUCUGUCCCGCUCUCCCUCUCUCUAAUGGCCGCGCCCGGCGCAGGGGCACAAAAAGCACUAUCUCGAGCCGGCCGGCCGGGCGAAGGCUGGGUCAAAGGUGCUCGUCGGCAGCUCUUCUGGCCUCGUUUCGUCAGAGCCGAGUGCCGUUUACCGGACGGUGGCUGCUGCCGACUGGGGGGGGGGGGGGGUGACGUAACGGCGAGGUCGAGCCCCGACCCGCACCCCGGGGCACUGCGGCGGAGGGCGCAGCGAGAGGUGCCCAUAUAAACAGACACGGCACAACAGCCCGCCACCAGACGCCGCCAGUCCACAGUCAUGAAGGUGUUUGUCGUCGCUACUCUGCUGGCCGUUGUGGCUGCCGAUAAUCCGGCCCCGGCCCCGAGCUACCCGGCUCCGGCUCCCAAAUACCCGGCUCCGGCUCCCAAAUACCCGGCUCCGGCUCCCAAAUACCCGGCUCCGGCCCCCAAAUACCCGGCUCCCAAGUAUGCGCCCGCCAAGCCCGAAGUCGACUACCCUCCGGUGCCUCCCAAGUACACCUACGGCUACGAGGUACAGGAUCAGUACACGGGAGCCGACUUUGGUCAGCAGGAGCAGCGGGACGGCUACCUGACCCAGGGCAGCUACCGCGUGGCUCUGCCCGACGGCCGCAUCCAGACCGUCACCUACCAGUCGGAGGGUGACGCCGGCUUCGUGGCCGACGUCCAGUACGAGGGCGAGGCCCAGUACCCCGCCUACGAACCCAAGUACCCCGCCCCGGCUCCCAAAUACCCUGCCCCGGUCCCGAAAUACCCCGCCCCGGCCCCCAAAUAUCCGGCGCCCGAGCCCAAGUAUCCGGCGCCCGAGCCCAAGUACCCCUCUAACUAAGGCGCCUUUCGUUCCCUUACAAGUUACGUGAUUCCCUAUCCUUGGUGCUGACAUGUUUAUGUGUUUGUGUGUUUGCUUGUACCUGGAUGCAUGCGAAGGAGAUUGAAAGAGAGUGAGUGAGGAGAGAGUUGCAUGCAUCUCCUUGUAAGUGAAAGUGCAAGGUUACGAUGUAACCGCCACGCCUUUGACUACCACCGAUCGUGAUUUGUCUGUUGGUAUUUAUAUAUUGUGUUCUGUGCCAAUACAUACAUUGUUGUAA